AAUCUCGGAGAGCGCCACUUGCUGUCAGUGAAUCCUCGCGAAGGUCACGCGAGUGCCUUGGAGGUAUAUUGGGAGUGUGUGCUGUUCUCGCAAAAAUUUUCACAAUCAUUAUACGUGACGUCCACUGCCAUCAACAUGCUGCCCCGAUUCCUCAGGCCCGCCAUAAAUGUCACCCAGCAAGGCGCAAAGCGAUUGUCCACAAGUGCUACGCGUGAUGCGAAAGUCAGUGUCAUGGGAGCGAGCGGUGGCAUCGGCCAGCCACUGUCUCUGCUUCUCAAACAGUCGCCUCUCGUUACGGAAUUAUCGCUGUACGAUAUUGUAAAUACACCUGGUGUCGCCGCCGAUCUCUCACACAUGAAUACCCCUGCGAAAGUCAAAGCUUAUAAUGGCCCAGAGCAGCUCAAAGAUUCUCUGAAGGGUACCCAGGUUGUUAUCAUACCUGCGGGUGUUCCACGCAAACCGGGCAUGACUCGUGACGAUCUAUUCAAUACAAAUGCCUCCAUCGUACGAGACUUAGCCGCUGCAGUGGCCGAAGUCGCGCCAAAGGCCUUCGUAGCGAUCAUUUCGAAUCCGGUCAACAGUACGGUGCCAAUCGCAUGCGAGGUGCUAAAGAAGGCUGGAGUUUUCGAUCCUAACCGCGUAUUUGGAGUUACUACUUUGGAUAUCGUUAGAGCGAACACUUUCAUCGGGGAAGCGAAGGGUCUUGAUCCGCAAAAAGUCAAUGUCCCAGUCAUCGGUGGGCACAGUGGCAUCACUAUUAUUCCAUUGAUCUCACAGUGCACGCCAUCAGUUUCCUUCCCGGAGGAUCAACUAAAGGCGCUCACCGGCAGGAUACAAGAGGCCGGUACAGAGGUUGUUAAAGCCAAAGCAGGAACUGGCUCUGCAACUUUGUCCAUGGCUUUUGCCGGCGCACGAUUCGGUAUCUCGUUAAUCAGAGCACUGAGUGGAGAAACAGGUAUCAUCGAAUGCUCGUAUGUUAAAUCAAAUGUCACUGAUGCCAAAUACUUCUCCACGCCGAUACUGCUGGGUAAAAAUGGACUUGAGAAGAAUUUGGGAUUAGGUAAAUUAAGCAGUUUCGAGCAGAAACUUUUGGAUGCCGCCAUCCCAGAGCUCAAGAAAAAUAUUCAAAAGGGAGAAGACUUUAUAAAUAAGAAGUGAGAUUUAUAUAAGUGAGGCCUAGCUGAAUAGAGUGUGAUCUGUCGAAUUGCACGUGAAAAUUUCCAGCCUUCGUAGCUCAUCUCGCAAUCAUGUUAAGCUAUCAGAACAAUUGAAAUUUUUUAACCGUAACAAACGCAAUAACUCACGAAUAUAUCUUCCAGGUUUUUUUUUUUUUUUUUUUUUAUGUGUAUGUAUAUAAUAGAAGUAUUAUGGAAUAGGUUAUUGAAUAUGUAUAUUAUAAAGUAAAAAUAUAGAAACUACGGAGGGAAAAUUUAUUAUAAAUAAUUAUGUAUGAUAAGAACGUAUAAAAUAGGGAAUGAAAUAAUAGGACUUGCAAUAUUGGAAUAGUCACUCGAGCAAUUUCUUGUACAAUGAAGGAAAGACUUGAAUAAACGCUAUUUCGACUU